AUGAAAUUAGGAGGUGAAAAAGCUGGGUCUGAAGGCUUAGGGGAAAUCAAGUGGGAACUCCGACCUGGUGGCAUGCUUGUCCAAAUGAGAGACAUGACUGGUGAGAGUGUGGGAGAAGGGAUGAUCACAGUUAAGGUCUCAACUGUCUCAAAAUGGCAUGACAUUUCCAUUGAAGCCACUUCGAAUUUUGGAGAGUUGAAGAUGAUAUUGUCAUUGGUGACUAGUUUGGAGACGAGGGAGCAGAGGCUACUGUUCAAAGGGAAAGAGAGAGAGGAUGGUGAAUAUUUACACAUGGUUGGGGUAAGAGACAAGGACAAGGUGCUGUUGCUGGAAGAUCCAGCUACCAAGGAGAGGAAACUACUCUAUGGCUUGGCAGGGGGCCCAGCCAUUGGAACACCCUGCAGUUGUACCAUUAGUGUAUGAAAAGUAAAAUGAUUUUUCAUUAGUACUAACCCUAAAACCAAUAAAAUUGCAAAAAUUAUGCACAUCGAUCUUCUCAUGUGCAAGUUGCAAAUGGCUUACUAUGUUAAUAGAAAUGUUGAUUUCUGGAGUUAUAUCAAUCAUGUUGGUCUCCUCUUUCCCUCAAUUAUUUCUGAUCAGCUUUUUCCUUCAUUAUAUAUAUAUAGAUAUAUUGUAACCAUGCGUGCACACCGAGACAUAGACUAAUUAAUUUAUGGAAUUAAUAAAGCGAAAGUGGUACUCAAGUUACUUAAUUUCUAUUACUAAAGUCUGGCCUUUUUU